AUGUUCGUCAUCAAGCCGCCCUGUUUUCUCCAGAAUUUCUUCUGCCUGCUCCAGUACGUAGAAUGGCACACCUGGGUAGAUUCCAAUAGAAAAAUGGCCCAAUAUUCAGUUAAUUUUAACAGUCGAAUAAAUUCUAUGCAUUCGAUUCAGCUAAAUGACCAAUCAUAACACUUGUGCGAAUCCUGUUAAAUAACACCAAAACCCCUACGCAACCUCGGCUCUUUUGGCAUGUUUAGUGCUUUGGCUGUACUAACACAACUUUGACCUUCACUCGUUGGUUAGUGAGCGCGCUGUACGCACAUUUUGCAGAACCUCUAGUUUGUCGUGUGUUGGCGUCAGGUCUAUCAUGCUCGCGGUAACAAAGUUUAGCCGGGUUCCAAACUUCGUUCCAAUUUGUCGGACACUCUUGACUCUAAGGUCCCACAACAGCGGCCUGAAUUUAAAUGAACCUCUUGCUCCAGUCCCCGGCAAAAGCCCGGUCUGGUCUCAAGAUCAAAAUGAAAUCUUUGCCGAGCUUUCCGAUGGUAAAUUUUCGCUUAAUAGCUUAUACUUUUAGGCGCAAAGGUUUUCGUUCAGGGCGCCUGCUCAUCGCCCACCACACUAAUUUCUCUUCUCUAUCAACAUGUCAUGGAGAAAGGAAUAAAAAAAGUUACUGUCAAUCACAUGCUCCCGCUCGGUCCUCUGCCGUACCUCAAUGAAGAAGCUAAGGAUUCAUUCCGUCUUAAUACAGCUUAUUCUAGUAUUGAUUCUUUUUAUUAA